UUUAACAACUAAUCAUCCUCUCAAAACAAAAUUUAAUAAAACAGCUUUAUCAUUUGUAAUUUACUUUGUGUCAAGGAAUCACCAUGCUAUUAUUUUAACAUGAAUCGUGUAUCAUGCAUUAGCCGUAACCAUCAAAGGACAAAGAUUACACACCCACUAACCCACCCCCAUAUGGAAUUGUUCUUCUCGUACGAGGUAUAACUAUUAAAAUAUUAAUCAAAUAAUUGAAUUAAUAAAGUCGCUAAAUGUCAAUUUUCAUAAGAAAUCACGCAAGUAAAUUAUUAAGAAUCAUACUAAUUUCAAUCAUUUUAUAAGAUUAAUUGUACCUUAAACAGAGUACAAAUAGACAUUCCCAUAUCCAAAUAGAAUGACCAAAAUUACGCAAAACAUGAGGAACAAAUAUCAAGUUUUGUUAUUUCUUUUUCUGCAAACAAUUUUAAUCUUAAAUUGGAGUACCAAUACUUUGGGACAUCGUCACAAAAAUGGGAAUGGUCAUGGUCAUGGUGAUGGUGUGCAACCACUCUCCCAGAUUAAUAUUCUCAGUACUAAAUUUGCCAUUCACAACAAGGCUUCCGUUCGUGUUUCGACCAUUCUGCUGCCUACCGAGGAAAAUGAAGACUCUACUAUACUUGGUACAAGUAGGUCAAUGAUUCAAGACAUACAGGGAAAUGAGUCAAAUGACUAUGUCCGCCCGGUAACAGUUACUCUGAUGUCUGACAAUCCAUCGUCUGAUGAUUGGGUCGGAGUCUUCUCCCCUGCAAAGUUCAAUGCAUCUACAGACUGUAAAGAAGUUGGUAAUUGGAGAGUUGAGGACCCAGUUAUAUGCACUGCUCCUAUAAAGUACAAAUAUGCAAACUACUCGAAUUCAAAUUAUCUCAAAAAUGGAAAAGCUGAAUUGAAGUUCGAGUUGAUUAAUCAAAGAGCAGAUUUUUCCUUUGCAUUGUUUACUGGAGGCUUGUCUAAUCCAAAGCUGGUGGCAGUUUCAAACCCUAUAUCUGUUUUUCCAAACCCAAAAGCACCCCUUUAUCCUCGACUUGCUAUGGGAGAAACUUGGGAUGUGAUGACAGUGACAUGGACAAGUGGUUACAACAUAGGUGAAUCUGUUCCUUUUGUUGAGUGGGGGGCUGUGGAUGGAGCUACCAUUCAAUCACCUGCAGCAACUUUUACAUAUACUCGUAACCAAAUGUGUGCUUCACCUGCACGAACAGUUGGUUGGAGGGAUCCUGGAUUUAUACACACUAGCUAUAUGAAAGAACUAUGGCCAAACACAAUGUACUCUUAUAGGUUGGGUCAUAAGUUACCAAAUGGUUCAUAUGUCUGGAGCAAGAAAUACAAGUUUAAAUCACCCCCAGUUCCGGGAGAAAGUUCACUACAACGUGUUGUAAUAUUUGGGGACAUGGGGAAGGGAGAACGAGAUGGAUCAAAUGAGUAUGCUGAUUAUCAACCAGGAGCACUGAAUACUACUGACCAACUCGUUAAAGAUAUUGACAACAUUGAUGCAGUUUUCCUUAUAGGAGAUUUACCAUAUGCUAAUGGAUAUAUCUCACAAUGGGACCAAUUUACUGCACAAGUUGAGCCCAUUGCAUCAGUUAAACCAUUCAUGGUUGCAAGUGGAAAUCAUGAGCGUGAUGUACCAGAUUCAGGAUCUUUCUAUAUAAGUAAUGACUCUGGUGGCGAAUGUGGUGUCCCUGCUGAAACAACAUUCUAUGUUCCUGCCAAAAACCGAGCUAAGUUUUGGUACUCAACAGACUAUGGAAUGUUCCAUUUCUGCAUAGCAGAUACAGAGCAUGAUUGGAGGGCAGGUAGUGAACAAUACAAAUUCCUUGAAGAAUGCCUUGCAUCUGCUAAUAGACAUAAACAGCCUUGGUUAAUCUUUGCUGGUCAUCGGCCCCUUGGUUAUUCCUCGAAUAAAUGGUUUGGUAUGGAAGGAUCAUUUGAUGAGCCAAUGGGGAGAGAUGACCUACAAAAGUUAUGGCAGAAGUACAAAGUUGAUCUUGCAUUUUGGGGCCAUGUUCAUAAUUAUGAGAGAACAUGCCCUGUUUACCAGAACCAAUGUGUGAAAGAGGGGAGCUCUCACUACUCAGGUGUGGUGAAUGGUACCAUUCAUGUUGUUGCUGGUGGCGGCGGAUCCCACUUAAAUGAGUUCAGUCCCAUAAAAACUGCUUGGAGUAUAUACAGAGACCAGGAUUUUGGAUAUGUUAAGCUAACAGCAUACAAUCAUUCAAGUCUGGAGUUUGAAUAUGUAAAAAGCAGUGAUGGUAAAGUUUACGAUUCGUUCACAAUCUCUAGGGAUUACAAAGAUGUCUUGGCCUGUGUUCAUGAUAGUUGUGAACCCUACACUUUAGCCACUUAAGAUUAAAGAUGAAGCAAUCCUAGCCUAUGAAAGGAAGAAGAUACUUCUUCCUUAUUUGCUACUCCUUGUGGAAUGAUUUGGUUAACAGAGAUUUGUGGACGCGUAACAAAUAAUUACUUGUGGAUAUUGAUGUAACACGAACUGUUUUCUAGUUCGUCAGUCUAUGAAUAAAUGUCACAUGUUUCUCUUCCA